ACUGGAGUGGAAGUAUGAAGUAGCAUAUCAUAAAAAUACUGAAGUUAAGUACUUGAGUAAAGUUACACAGCUGUGAUGGACUAAUUGUCUUUUAUUUUUAAACAGAAGGAGGUUCCCCGAUCUCUCUCCACUCUUUUUUUGUCAGUUUUCUGCUAUUUGUCUAUUGAAUAAUAAAAGAAAAGAAAACUAAUCAGUGGCUAGCCAGCUCAGUGUGAGUAAACCCUUUAAGGUCUCUUCAAUUUGAUUUCGUUUUAGAAAACGUUUAUGACCUUUACAUAUCCACAAACACUUAGCGUGUUAAAGGUGACAAAAAUAAAACAUCCGACGAGGAUGGGAUUCGAACCCACGCGUGCAGAGCACAAUGGAUUAUAUGCAAACAGAAUGUCAAAUUAAAUACUGAACGGUAGAUUAAAUAAUCUAUGAUAUAUAUAAUACAGUGUCAAGUAGUACAAUUAGAAGAUGUAUAACAUGAGGAUAUGAACCGGCUUGGAGAGUAACAGAAUACACAACGGGAUUAUGUAAUAGGGAUAAAUAAAUAAAAAAGUGUAUCCCCUUACAGUUAAGAAUAAUAAUACAACAAAAUAUGUUAGCAGAUUACUGGUACAUUUAGAAAAAAAAAAAUGGGGAUUACAAUGUAACACUUCAUUUUAAAAUAAAGAACGAUAUAUUACGAAGCCCAUGCGCACACAGUAAAACACACAUUCAAUAUUGAGGUUAUCCAAAUGUAACAGAAAGGUUACAGUUUAUUGUCGUGAGAGUUACUGAUUAAAACAAGUAACUGUAACGGAACACACUUUUAAGCCCAACUCUGGAUCUUUUUAGGCCACCUAAAGGACAAUAUUUAAAGCAUUAAGGUAUCAGGACAUUCUACACAGCGUAACAAGCCCAACCCCUUCAGCUUGAGAAUGAAACUGAUUGCAUUACAGACGGCUGUGAUAAGGUUUGCUCUGCUGUGUUUGUCCUCUCAGGUGUCAAGAGUCUCGUUGUAAUUCUCCACAAAGCAGAGUGAGCGGUCCAGCUGAGACAUGAGGAAUAACUGACUGCAUUGGAGUGAAAGAAAGACUAAUGAAGAAUGACCAGCAACCAGGAAGAAAUAGAGUUUGGGAGUCCUGCCCUUUCCAAACAGAGGAGGAUCAUCUACUUCUCCAGCGGUGAGACCAUGGAGGAGGAAGACAGCGAGGAGGAAGAGGAGGAAGAGGAGGAAGAGGAGCGGUCAUCAGACAGGCCUCCCUUCAGAGAGCCUGCAGAGAAGUCUAGGCUGUCGUUCAGGAAUGUGGCUCUUCUGGUUGGGAGGAUUUCCCUGCUGACUUGUGAUUUCCUUGGAGAGAGACUGGCCGGGGCCCUCGGACUGAAAGCAGCCAAAUACCAGUACGCCAUCGACCAACAUCACCGAGACCACAAGACAAAAAGCAGCGGGGCGUCAGAGGACCUGAUGGAGGGAGGGGGGGAGAAGAUCUGCCUCUCCACAGGACCGGAGGGGAGUUAUUAUGGAGCUGCGGGAGAGGAGCGAUGCCCGGCUGGUUCUCAGGAGAGAUGUGAUCAGAAACAAGAGGACACGAGAGAAGGGUGUUACAACAGAGCAUAUCAAGCAGAGGAGCUUCAACUGAAAUAAAACUAAGAAGGGAAAAGCAGAGGGAUGAUUUGAUGUGAAAGCCUUUGUUUAGAGUGCACUGUGUAUCAACUAAUAUAGCCCAUAAUAUAGUAUGGACCGCAGACAGAUUUUGUAAUGUUAUAACAAAAACAUAUGUGAAAAAAUAACGUGGUGCAAGCUUUCAAUUUUGUUAUGUAAUAACCAAAAAAUAAUUAGUUGGUAUACCAAAGAGAACGUUUUUAAAUGUACUUUGUUACGUUCCACCACUGGCUAUUUACAACAAGUGGAUAGAAAACAUCUAAAAUACACAUUUUGUUGCUGAUUUUAUUAAGAUUGCCAUUUUUGUAAGUAUUGUCCUUUUGUGUUUAAGUGUUAUACUCAGGGGGUUUGUCUUGUAAAUACCCAAAAUAAUUUGACAACCUUAUUUUUAAGGCACAACAGCUGGUAUACCAAAGUGAAACCCAAUGCUACGGUGGAAGAAGUACUUCCUUUUUUCCUGAAGUAAAAUUAGCAAUACUAAAUUGUAAACAUUAAAGUAAAAUUCCUGCA